AUGGGUGCGGGAGCAAGCGCCGAGGACAAAAAGUCGAAGGAGUUGGAAAAACAACUCCAGGUAGAUGCCGAUAAGGAUGCUAAAACAGUCAAGCUAUUACUGCUUGGUGCUGGUGAGUCAGGGAAAAGCACCAUUGUAAAACAAAUGAAGAUUCUGCAUCAAGGUGGUUACUCAAGACAGGAACAACUGGAGUUCAGAGGUGUCGUCUAUGGCAACAUCCUGCAGUCUGCUCUGGCUAUCAUCAGAGGCAUGGAGAUGCUGAGCAUUGAUUUUGGCUCGACCGCUGCUCAGGAGAAUGCACAGAAGCUGCAGAACUUGUCCGACUCCAUUGAAGAGGGCACAAUGCCUGCUGAGCUGGUUGAUGUCAUCCAGAAACUGUGGAAAGACACUGGUGUGCAGGGCGCCUUUGACAGAGCUGCUGAGUACCAGCUGAACGACUCUGCUGGCUACUACCUCAAUGAAAUGGAGAGAAUCGGCAAGCCAGACUACCUCCCCACUGAGCAGGACGUGCUGCGAUCUCGAGUCAAAACUACUGGUAUCAUUGAAGAACAGUUCUCCUGCAAAGAGUUGUACUUCAGGAUGUUCGAUGUGGGUGGCCAGAGGUCAGAGAGAAAGAAGUGGAUCCAUUGUUUCGAGGGUGUGACCUGCAUCAUCUUUUGCGGAGCUCUCAGUGCAUACGACAUGGUGCUGGUAGAGGACGAAGAAGUGAACCGCAUGCACGAGUCCCUCCAUCUAUUCAACAGUAUCUGCAACCACAGAUUCUUUGCACUGACCUCCAUCGUGCUUUUCCUCAACAAGAAGGAUCUCUUUGAAGAGAAGAUCAAGAAAGUCCACCUGAGUAUCUGCUUCCCCGACUAUGAUGGCUGCAACUCGUACGAAGACGCCAGCAACUACAUCAAGUCGCAGUUUUUGGAACUGAACAUGAAGAAGGGAGUGAAAGAAAUCUACUCCCACUUGACCUGUGCCACCGACACAAGGAACGUCGAGAUUGUGUUCAACGCUGUGACGGACAUCAUCAUCAAAGAAAACCUUAAAGAUUGUGGUCUCUUCUAAGAAGCUCCAGAGUGAAAAGAGAACUUCCUUUCCUACCUUAACCCCUCACUUAUUGGCAUUAACUGAGAAGUGUACUGUUGGAGAACAGAGGAUCCUCGUCUUCAGGCCAUCGCUUCCAUGCCAACUCCCGGUCCUUGACUGAUCCUCGCACAUCACCAUCUCCAACAGUACAUACCUGCAACACAAUGCACGCCCAACUGUCGAGUCACCAAAUUGUUGUUGUGGACUUACAGCAGUUCAGUAUUUGUGUCACACCAAAAGCUGCAGGUUUGAAGGUAUGAAAAUGAAAUAGUUGCUCAUUCGGUCCUCGUUGCUUCCUUUUGACUACUGUGUUGUGAGUUAUAUUUACUAUUAAAACCAAGCUCUGUAAAAAUAAAUAAAACAAUAAAAUCGGGGGGAAAUAUUAAUAUUUUAAAUAGCAACAUUGCAUCCUUGUUUUUGUUUUUGAGUGCAGUAGUCUCUGAUCUCUGAGUCUUGAUAUUUAAACUGUAAAAAGAUAUUCCCAGUGCUUGCUUCCAGAUUACAAACCAAAUUGUACAUGUAUCUAAUCUAAAUAGUGUUAAUGUAUCCAAUUCACUUAACAUUUUAAUGUGAUGAAUAAAUUUCAGAAGGUCAAACACGGUAGAGAAACUUUGUACAUAAGAGUAGGUAAUUCAAUAUAUUUUGAGAGAUAAAUCUAUGAGAGUGAAACACUAGACGGAUGAGGCUUUAUUAUGA